ACUGUGGUUCGAUUAGUACCUCGGUAUCUAGGAGGUAAGUACCUGUUGCCAAUUGAUAUGGAACUCAGGGGCUCAUUGGUCACUAACUAUGCACUUGCCGUAUGUCUGCGCAUGGUACUAUCGUCCGCCGUCCUCGGGCGAGCAGCAAUGAAAUCCUACCUAAACUCUGAACGUUGGGGGGCUGUACCGAGUUACGCGACAAGGGACUUGCUUGGAUAGAUGGGGCAAAACCCAUUCCUCUUUACGCCUAACAGCCCGCCGGGACGCUUUCCAAAACAACAUGGCUAAUAAGCUCUCUUCCCAUUUACUCAAUGAGCUGCAGGCUCAGGUCGGCCCAAGUCUUGAGAUCCUAACGGAUAAGGAUAGCACGCGCUUCCAAGAGUAUGCUAAGCGAUGGUCUGAUAUAGAUCGUCAGAUUCCCGGCGCGAUCGUGCUCCCUGUAUCUGAGGAACAAAUAAAGCAGACGGUCCAAUGGGCUGUUAAAUCAUCAGUUCCCUUCGUUACCAAGAGUGGAGGUCACAGCGAGUGGUCAACUAUUGGCGACAACGGAAUUAUCAUUGACCUGAGUAAAUAUUCCGGGAUCGAAAUUGACGCCCCGGCAAAAAGAGCCGUGUUGAAGGGGAGCAUCUUGUCAAAGGAAGUUGCUGUCGUCUUAGCUUGCGCGGGCUUCUUCACAGCUCUGGGCAAUGGAAAUACCGUGGGCGCCAUCCCCUAUUUCCUUGGCGGAGGUGCAUCAAUCACCACCUCGAUCACUGGUUUCGGUUCAGACCAGAUCAUAGCAGCUCGCAUGAUAGAUGCGAAAGGAAAUAUCAUCGUAGUCACCGAAGAAACAGAGCCGGAUUUACUUUAUGCUAUCCGAGGAGCAGGACAGUUCUUCGGACUCGUCACUCAAUUAACAAUCAAAGCUACUCCACUAGCCGAGCUCGGUAAUGAUCAAGGAGUAAUCUGGGCUGGGGCCUUCGUGUUCCCUCUCGAGCGUGCCAAAGAUGUUGCACCAGUCAUGGAGAAACUCAUGGACGACGGAAGUCAUGCAACGGCUGGUCUUAUGAUGGUCCAGGCACCACCACCGUCACGGAAUCCCGCCCUAGUCAUCGCGGCGAGAUACACGGGUGACCCCAAUGAUGCAGAGCGCGCGUAUAAGCCGCUUUAUGAUUUGAAGCCUCUUGUAGCUAAGGGUGGAACGAUCCCAAUCCAGAACACCAGCGACGGGCGCGAAGCGAUUGGUGCCAAAGGAGAUUUCAAGCGAUUUGGCGUGGUUGGACUGAAGCGUUUUGACGCAGACGGAUUCAUCAAAGCUAUCGACGUAUGGAAAAGUCUAGUGGCGGAGUGUCCCGACGCCAUCAACACGGCUUUCAACUUCCAGUGGGACUCUCGGCCUCCCAAAGCGCCAGGUUUCGAAUCCGCCAUGUCUCUCCACGAUAUAAGAUAUUGGCAAAACAAUCUUAUCUGGCACACCGACGCCAGGAACCGCCAAAAGGUGGACGACUUCAAUGACCAGUCAAUCGCCAUUAUGCGAGGGCCCGAUCGGUCAGAGUAUGCGGACUUUCAGAACGGUACCCGCACAGGACCAAUCGAGUUGCGCUUCCGGGGCGCCGGCAAGCUUGACAAGCUGAGAGCGCUGAAGAAGAAAUGGGACCCAACUGGUGUGUUCACCAAGCAACUCCUGGAAUAGGGAAGACAUAGCGUCCCGUGAUAGAGCGAUAGGGAUGGGCAAACCUUUGAAAUUAGCCUGUAAAUUAGGUGCCUAUUUACCUAGGCACUAAGUACCGUCCUACCUGCGGGUAGCCAACGCCAUCUGAAUUUAUUUGGACGUAUUGAAUGCCCUCAACCCCUAUCGCCAUUGUAAUGACCUUGCUAAAAUCUAUCUCGGUACUCUUGACGGUCCGAGCGCUAGUAACAUCGAUGUCACGGCAGCGAUCUAAGAUCUUUGAGCUGUCUCCGAAGUGAGCGGGUAACAGUAACGAUACUCAGACAUGCAGAGUAACAUACAAAAGUAAGUUACAAGCCCUCCUGCAUCUGCAGGGAAGUAUCGCCUGCAUAUAAACCAGCCUACAGGACGCCAUGCGGAUGUCCGUAAUCAUGAUGCCUCCAAUUUUUGACAACUAGAAGGACUCUGCGGGGGCAUUUUUGUCACAUCAUUUAUUUUCAUGCCGUUGCGGUUUGCU